UCUCCCCAUACACCGGUUGUAGGCCUACCCAUCACUUAGAGUUUUGGAGACCAAUUCAAAUCGACGGCCUGAUUUCUCUCUUCCGAUAACGGUCAGUAAAUGAUCCGAACACCCGGCCCCAAACGAACCUCGCCCAUUCCAACAUCCUCGGCCGCCACCCUCUUCCCCUCCGUUUCUCGCGACGCAAACAUUCACACAUUCACAAAGAGAGCGCCUACUGAUACUUCAGAACAGUGUACGCAUCCACCAUGGCCUCAUCAAUGGCGUUGAGGAGAUUUGCUUCCAAGCCUUCUUUCUCGCAGGCGCGUGCAUUCUCCACGACCAGACCUGCGGCGCGGGUCUUUGCGAACCGCCCUCUUCGCGCAAAGGAGGCCUCGCCCUACCUUUCCAGCAAGUACCCUGUCAUUGACCACGAGUACGAUGCCAUCGUUGUCGGUGCUGGUGGUGCUGGUCUCCGUGCCGCCUUCGGUCUUGCCGAGGCCGGCUUUAACACAGCCUGUAUUUCGAAGCUGUUCCCUACCAGAAGUCACACUGUCGCUGCUCAGGGUGGUAUCAACGCCGCCCUGGGAAACAUGCACGAGGACGACUGGAGAUGGCACAUGUACGAUACUGUUAAGGGCUCGGAUUGGCUCGGCGACCAAGAUGCUAUCCAUUAUAUGACCCGUGAGGCGCCCGCCUCCAUUGUCGAGCUCGAGAACUAUGGAUGCCCCUUCUCCCGAACCGAGGACGGAAAGAUCUAUCAGCGUGCUUUCGGUGGCCAGUCUCAGAAGUUCGGCAAGGGUGGCCAAGCGUACCGUUGCUGCGCUGCCGAGGACCGUACCGGCCACGCCCUUCUCCACACUCUCUACGGACAGUCGCUCCGCCACAACACCAACUACUUCAUCGAGUUCUUCGCCCUCGACCUGAUUAUGCAGGAUGGCGAGUGCCGCGGUGUCGUUGCCUACAACCAGGAGGACGGCACCCUGCACCGGUUCCUUGCUAACCACACUGUUCUGGCCACUGGCGGUUACGGACGUGCUUACUUCAGCUGCACAUCCGCCCACACCUGCACUGGUGAUGGCAUGGCCAUGGUUGCUCGCGCCGGUCUCCCCAACCAGGAUCUUGAGUUCGUCCAGUUCCACCCUACUGGUAUCUACGGCGCUGGCUGCUUGAUCACCGAGGGUGCCCGUGGUGAGGGUGGUUACCUCCUGAACUCCGAGGGUGAGCGCUUCAUGGAGCGUUACGCCCCCACAGCCAAGGAUCUUGCCUCUCGUGACGUCGUUUCCCGAUCCAUGACGAUGGAGAUCCGCGAGGGUCGUGGUGUUGGUGAGGAGAAGGACCACAUCUUCCUCCAGCUUAGCCAUUUGCCCGCCGAGGUCCUCCACGAGCGUUUGCCUGGUAUUUCCGAGACUGCUGGUAUUUUCGCCGGUGUUGAUGUUCGCACUCAGCCUAUCCCUGUCCUCCCAACUGUCCACUACAACAUGGGCGGUAUCCCAACGAGGUACACCGGUGAGGUUAUCACCGUUGACGAGUCCGGCAAAGAUAAGGUCGUUCCCGGUCUGUUCGCUUGCGGUGAAGCCGCCUGUGUCUCUGUCCACGGUGCUAACCGUCUCGGUGCCAACUCCCUCCUCGACCUGGUCGUUUUCGGCCGUGCUGUUUCUCAUACCAUCCGCGACAAUUUCACCCCCGGCACCAAGCACAAGCCUAUUGCUGCUGAUGCUGGUGCUGAGGCUAUCGAGACUUUGGAUAACGUUCGCACUCGCGAGGGCACCAGAACCACUUCUGACGUUCGCCUGGCUAUGCAAAAGGCCAUGCAGACCGAGGUCAGCGUUUUCAGAACACAGGAGUCUCUUGAUGAGGGUGUUCGUAAGAUGACCGAGAUCGAUGCUCAGUUCCCUGAUGUCGCCAUCAAGGACAAGUCCAUGAUCUGGAACUCUGACCUCGUCGAGACUCUUGAGCUCCGCAACCUCCUGACUUGCGCUUCUCAAACCGCCGCCUCCGCCGCUGCUCGCAAGGAGUCUCGUGGCGCCCACGCCCGUGAGGACUACCCCGACCGUGACGACGCCAACUGGAUGAAGCACACCCUGUCCUUCCAGAAGAACCCACACGGCAAGGUCGACCUCGGCUACCGUGGCGUUAUCGCCAACACUUUGGAUGAGAACGAGUGCAAGGCCGUUCCUCCUUUCAAGCGUGUGUACUAAGUUGUUUCGAUUAGAAAUCGGUGUCGGGUGUUCUUAGGAAACUAGGAAUGUGUGAGAAGCUAGAAGUAGACGAAGAAGAUGGAGACGGGUGGGCAGUGGAAGGCAUAUCAAGGCAUUCAUAAUACCACGACGAACAAUUUAGUUAAUGAUCGUGGGUGAGCCAUGUGGGUGAUAUCGCUACCUGCCCUUAGAAACUAGGCUUUUAGGGCUGGUGCAUACACUGCAGGCUUUCGGGCUUUGGCUCUGGAGUUAAAAACGUGUAAAGUAGGAGGAGAAUUUCGUUUUGCAUAUAAGAGGUUAAGAGGGCCUAUGGCCUCGUAUUGUAUGUGUGUGUGUAUGUGUGUGUGUAUAUGUGUGUGUAUGUGU